GAUCAUUGGCGAAUCUCUGUUACACUAUAGGAUCUCUAGACACGUCACGCCGGUCGCGCCACAUUGUUUAUGUCGAAAUGCGAAAGACAGACAAGUGAAGACCGUUAUAAAGAUCUCAUCAUGGAAUGCGAAGAAAGUGCUCAGUUUGAAGAUAAAACUUGUUUAAACUUGAUAUUGUGUAGAGUGUUGAUUGGGCUAGUAAAAGCAAACGAAUGUUUGUGGAAAAAACGGUGCAUUUCACAUAAAGACCAACAAAUGAAAAGUUUGUGCUGGACGAGUAUCGGAAAUGUUUUGACCACUGUACUUUCCGGUCCGAAUGCCGAGAAAGAAUUCUAUAAAUUGAGACGAAAAUUUGGUCGAGAAGUAAGAAAAGAAAAGGAGAGCGCCCCCUAAUCCGGAACCGGGGCAGGGCAACCAAUGUAUGUCAGUAACUGGCCGCUCUAUAAAGACUUAGAAUUUCUAAAAGAUGUGAUUAAAUCUAGACGAACAUCAUCUAACUUUACAAAGAAUGUCAUUCAGACGCCAAGUCCAUCAUCUUCUCCACCUACAACACCAACAACACUACAGAACACUCCAUUUCCUAGCUCCUCCUUAUAAAAUUCAUAUUUGGAAAACAGUAUUUUAUCUACAGAAUCUGAGAUGGAAAAUGUUCCAUUGAUGAAUCCAUCAUCAUCUUUGAAACGAACUGUUCCUAUACCGGAUUUCUUUUACACAAAGAAAAAGAAAACUCAUGAAAGUGUGGCUUGUGCUAUAGAAAAACAUUCGUCUAAUAUAACAGCACUGACAGAGAUGGUCACUCAACGUUUGCAAGGUCCUACCUUUAGAACUCAAAAUAAGCCAGAGGAUUCUUUAUUUCUGUCUGUUAAAGCAGUACUUGCAAGAGUGCCAGAAGAAAAACAAUUACAAUGUAUUAUUGAAAUAUUACAGAUUAUACAGAAGUAUACUAUAGAAAAGCAGAACUCAGAAACAAUCACCACGGAAUGCUCGUUGAUACUGCCAAGGAGCAACUUCUUCACCAGCUUCCGAAAUGAAGUAAUCGCAAAGUGUAUCCCGGAGCUGAGCAGAUGUUCUAGUUGGAUUAUUGGCACCGACUCGUCCAAUCCUAUGCAGCCUUGUUUCACUUUCUUCAGUCCGCCAAGUUCCAGGAAUUGUAUUCCCCUCUUCAUCUUCUUGGUCACAUAAUUAGAGGGGCAAUAAGUACGAUGCUG